AUGAAAUUUUCAUCAACUAUUUUAUUUACAUUAUUGAACGCAUACUUAGUCUCCUGUCAGCCAGUACCUGAGGUUCAUACUGUCUAUGUUACGCACUAUACUACCAUUCAAUCAACUGUUAUAGACGGAGGAGAUGCAACUUCCAUCGCAGUCGCUGAAGAUACUGAAGCUACUGUCACUUCAUCUCCUAAUGAGACUUCUGGCGCAGGCGUUGCAAAUUUAGAUAACAAUGCCAAAGAGCUUACAACUUCCGCUUCUAUUGCUGCUACUGAUGCUCAAACUGCAAGUCAAGAUGCCGUACCUACAUCUAUUGCUAAAAGUGCCACUCCAGCUACUGAGACUUCAUCGAGUACUUCCUCCACUGGGACUUCACAACCUUCUUCGGGCGAUCAUUCUGGUGAAGGAACAUUUUACUCUACUGGAUUAGGCGCCUGUGGAAAAACAAGUCAAGAUACUGACUACAUUGUUGCUGUCUCUCAUAUAUUAUACGAAGAAAACCAGGUUAAUGGUAACUCGAAUGAUAACUCCUUGUGCGGUAAGAAAAUAAAGGCAACAUAUGAAGGAAAUUCAGUUGAAGUAACUGUAGUUGACUCAUGUGAGGGAUGCUCUGAAAAUGAUUUAGACUUUUCACCAAGUGCAUUUUCGCAACUUGCUGAUCAAAGUUUAGGUAGAAUUGAUAUCACUUGGGAGUGGGUUAAUUGA